GGAGGGAGGAGCCACCGGUGAUGCGUGUGUGUGUGUGUGUGUGUGACGGCAGUGGCCGGAGCUCCACAUGAAGAAUGACAGGCGACAGCGAGACAAAGACAGGUGACACAUCCGGACACGAGAGCCUCAGUCCGCGGCCGUUUCUCAUCGGUGUGUCCGGAGGAACCGCGAGCGGCAAGUCGUCAGUGUGCAGUAAGAUCAUGGAGCUUCUGGGUCAGGAUGAGAUGGACCAGCAGCAGAGACAGGUGAUCAUCCUCAGUCAGGACAGUUUCUACAGAGUCCUGACCACAGAGCAGAAGACCAGAGCAUUAAAGGGACAGUUCAACUUUGACCACCCAGAUGCUUUUGACAACGACCUCAUCGUCACGACUCUGUGGGACAUCAAGGACGGAAAGACGGUCCACAUUCCCGUCUACGACUUUGUCUCCCACUCCAGGAAGGAGGAGACGGUGACGGUGUAUCCUGCAGACGUGGUUCUGUUUGAGGGAAUCCUCACGUUCUACUCUCAGGAGAUCCGAGACCUGUUCCACAUGAAGCUGUUUGUGGACACGGAUGCGGACACACGUCUGUCCCGCAGAGUUCUGCGGGACAUCAGUGUGCGCGGUCGGGACCUGGAGAGUGUUCUCGCUCAGUACAUCAACUUUGUGAAGCCUGCGUUUGAAGAGUUCUGUCUGCCGACAAAGAAAUACGCAGAUGUUAUCAUUCCCAGAGGAGCUGAUAACACUGUUGCUAUAAAUCUGAUAGUUCAGCACAUUCAGGAUAUUCUGAGUGGAGGUUUGAACAAACGACUCAACGGCUGCUUUAACGGCUCUGGUUCAACCAAGACUCAACCAAACAGGCCUCACUGAGUGCAGCGCCCCCCUGAGGACGAGAGAGGACGAGAGAGGACGAGAGAGGACGGUUCCGUCCGCACGGGUCCAAAGGGAAGCGGGACGAGAAAAAGCACUCCUGAUUUAAAAAACAAAGACAUGUGAUCACAUGACGGCCUUUCACCUCAUAAUAAUCCCAGUGUGUGAUCAGACUGAUUCUCUUCAUCAACGCCAAACUCUGACGUAUUAUAGUAUUGAUUUAGAAUUGACUGAAGAGGAUUAGAGUGUGAAUGUUUGUGGAAAACAACAUACAAAUACAAAACGUCAGAAUUCUGAGAUUAAAGAGAUUUUUAAUCUCAGAAUUCUUUUUUUUUAUUAUCUCAAAAUACUGAGAAAAAACCCUAAUAAUUCUUACUUUAAUCCCUGAGAAACGACUCAGAAUUUUGACUACACUUUAGAUUCUCCUCGUCCAAACUGUCUCCUCACAAGUCAGAAUGGUUAUUAAAGUUAAGAUAUAUAACGCUUUAUUUCUCCUAAUCCAAAUUCAAUUCAACAUAUCUUUGAAUCCUUAAAAGCAGACGAUAUCUGUAAUACAUCUGCAGUCCAGCUAUUACAUGUUAAAAUGGCUUGUCAUAGUAUUAAAGGGUGAAUAUUUGAGAUCUGUACAACUGAUGUCCACCUCGGGUCAUGUGACCAGUCUCCAAAGAAAACAUCCUUCUUUUUUUUUAACUGUUUCUCUUUUCAAACACAGUGUGAUUUUAUUUGACUUUCUUAAAGUUCAGGAUUGUUUAAGUGUGAACAUCUACGGUGUCAAGAACAUGUUCACGUCUUUGUCUCACUGUCAGACACACACACACACUCACUCACUCUCCCACACCAAAGUCCAGAGAGAAAACCAGUGAUUUUAACAUCUCUCACACACACACACACACACACACACACACACUGCUGCCUCCAUCACUAAGUUCACAUGUUCCUUUGUUCAGACUGACCUCAGUGACAAAGUGACCACAAGAGGCAGCAGAGGACCAGCAGCUGUGUCCCUGUGAGCUAAAAUCACUGAUUUUCUCUCUGGACUUUGGUGUGUGAGAGUGAGUGGUUUCCAAACUUGAGUUUCCUGUUGUAAAGUGUGUCUGACAGUGAGAUAAAGUCGUGAUCAUGUUCUUAUUUGAUCAGUGGAGCUCAGUGGCUAACCGCACUUCUAAAAGACUGAACUGUCCCUUUAAAGUGAAUCCUUUGUUUCAGAUGAAAACUCAUAUAAAUGUGUUGUGUGAAACACGGGCGUCUCCCAUGAUGCAUUUCUCAGGACCUCUUUGCUUCAGUCAAUAAAUAAAUCUGAUGUUGAUCAAAAAU